UCUUCCAGAAUAUUGAUGAAAAACUAUCAGAUGCAUAUCUACAUAUUUACAUAUCUACAUAUCCACAAGUAUCUAAGCUGGAAGACUACCAAACGGCCAACAUUUUUACUCGACCUCAAAUGUGGAAAUUUGAGCAUAAACUCAGCAUUCAACUCCUGACUCAUCUAGUUGAACAGGACAAUGGCAAGAAAAACCACCCCAUCCUCCUGAAACUUCUCAAAAAGCAUGGCCAUAUACAGAAAAUACAAUAUUUACCUCAGAUCCUGAAUUUACAACAAAAACUGGUCAGUUUCUUCCAAUACAAAGACUUACAAAAAUGGAGAGAAGUGUCCAUUGAAGAGUUCAGAAAGAGCCUGGAUGAAGAUGAAGCACCAGCCUUUUCGGAACAUGUCAGGAUCUUGCUGAAAAUCUGGGACUAUUUACAGGAGAGUCAUGAGAGGAUUCCAGACAACCUGGAACACAGAACCACAGAAAAUCUGAAUAUUCUUGAUCUCCUGCCCAGCGAUCAGUCCAUAACCCGCUGGAUUACAGAGUUCCUCAUCAAAACACAGAAUGACUGCAUCUCCAGUGCUGAAACUCAGGGAAAUGGAGAAAUCAAAACUGAGGAAAUGAAGCCUUUCCAUGUAAUUAUCUGCAAUCCUGAGGAGGAUUUCCUUCAAAUUGCAAUAUCAAACACUGACUAUGCAUUCAAUGACGAUGGAACCCAGAGCACAAAUUAUAACUUUAAGACCUUGGAGAAUUUGUUGGUGAAGCGUUUCAUCACUGACAAACCAUGUAUUAACUUAACAACUAUGCCGUCAUUUGACUUAAAUCCUAUGAAAGGGGUGCAUUUCUUCUUCAACAACUCAAAAGACAACUUGGAGCCACUGAACACAGACAACAAGAAUUACAUAAUGAAUGAAUUCAAAAACCUUGAUGAGAUUUCUGAGGCACUUUCCACUCUGAAAAUCACCAUUGGGUUUCUGGAGUUGUCAUUUGGAGAUCCAGACAUGCUGCUGGUGGACUAUAUGAAGAAGGAACUGAGAAUGGAGGAUGGAGCGCGGCGUUUAAGUCUGCCGGUUCUGCAGUCGAGCAGAGUGAAGCAUAUCCAGUCCCUUUGGGAAGUUCUGUCAGCACGGAGGUCCAUGAUCCUUGUUCAGAUGAAGCAGAAUCCAUUUUACAUGAUUGAUGAACAGUUUCACAUUCGCCUCACCGAGACAGACAUGAAUGAACUGGCAUCUCAGUUGUCAAGAUUUAGAAACAUUGAUUUGUUUAUCACUGAACUUCAUGACAUGAUAAUGAACAUGGAGAUGAAUGAAAUUAAGCCAGUUUGGACUAUCAUGGAGACAUUUACGGGUUUCUUGGAGAGGAAGGAGAUGCAUGAUGAGUGCAUCAAGCGCCUGCUGAAUCCACUCAGAGAACUUGGAGACCUGAAGAUGGAAAACAUCAUAGCUCUGUGGAAACUAGUAGUGGAGAGAAGAACAGCAUAAAACACACCAGCAAUCAGAGUGUGUGUAAUGGGAUUAGCUUUAGAUUAAAUGUGAUUAGACUAGUUUAAAAACAUAAGAAUGUCCCCUAUUGUAAACGUGAAACUUACAUUUAAUGAUCAUGGUAAUAGAGAGAUCAAACCAAUCACAUGCUGUGUUUGCAAGAUUAACCUUCUCCUCUUCUUCUGCUCUUAUUCAAAGUAAAAUAAUUACUGUGUGGCAAGUAGCAAACAAGGUCUUUCCCAAGAACCUUUAUUUUUUCAGUUUGCUUUGCCUUUGAAUGCUUACUUUGAAUGAAUGCAUCUGGAUGGUUACAUUUUAUAUGUGAUCUUGCUAUCAUUUAUAUACAUAUAUUAUUAUUAUAAAUCAUAUUAAUCAGAAGAAUACACAUUUCUGCUUGCUUUACCUGGCUGUUGAUUUUAAUUACAAUUUCAGUUAUUACUUGGCCCUUGAUGCGUGAACUUGCUCAUUGUGUCAUUUUAACUUGCAUUUAUCCUUUCUUAAAACAGUAAAAACUCUUUAUUUUAUUCGUUAUUUUAUGAGUUAACAUACUUCUCUCUGCUUUUGAUGGGCUCCUCUUUUUGUUAGACCUUCCAAGUAUUUCAGAAAUAAAAUUGAUCUUUCAAAA